AUGAGCUCCCUCAAAUUCCUCGUCUCCUCUCUGGAGGCCAUUGCGGCUUCCAAAGAGGCCCAGAGGAACAAGCAGCUGACCGAAUCUCUCCAAAAGACCCUCACAGCCAUCAGGGAAAGCGACCCCGACUUCCCGGACCCCGAAAUCGUCUUCGCCCCUCUACAGUUGGCUACGAGGACCGGCAACGUCCAGCUCAUCACCGGCGCACUCGACUGCAUCGGCAAGCUCAUCUCCUACUCCUACUUCUCCUUGCCCACCACCGCCGACGCCCAACAGCAAGAUGCCCCCGCCGACCGCGCCCCCCUUAUCGAGCGCGCCAUCGAUACCAUCUGCGACUGCUUCCAGGGCGAGACCACCGCCGUCGAGGUCCAGCUCCAGAUUGUCAAGUCGCUCUUGGCUGCCGUGCUCAACGACAAGAUCGUUGUCCACGGUGCCGGCCUGCUCAAAGCCGUCCGCCAAGUCUACAAUGUCUUCCUGCUGUCGAGAAACACCGGGAACCAGCAGAUGGCCCAGGGAACUCUGACCCAGAUGGUCGGCACCGUCUUCGAGCGAGUGAAGACGCGCUUGCACAUGAAGGAGGCUCGCGUGAGCCUGGAUAAGCUGAAGAACAGCUCGAGCAACAUCACCUUUGACCAGGCCGACUCCGUUAAUGGCACCGCCAACGUGGAAGACGGAAAAGAGGCAGACGAGGACAAAGAAGAAGGAGUCAACGGGGAGCCGCCGGCCACCGCCGCCCCCGAGCAACCAGCCGCCGAAAGCGAAGAGAACGAAGAAACUUCCAACGGGAAGUUGACAUUGAAGGACCUGGAGCAUCGCAAGAGCUUCGACGAUUCGCACCUCGGCGACGGGCCCACCAUGGUGACCGAGAUCAAACCGGGAAGAAAGGCCGCACGAUCCGUCUCCGAGCAAUCCACCCCCGAAUCGUCUCAAGAGGACAGCCCCGAAGCCUUGGACGCUGAGGAUGAGGUCUACAUCAAGGACGCCUACCUGGUCUUUCGAUCCUUCUGCAACCUUUCCACCAAGGUACUGCCGCCAGACCAGCUUUACGACUUGCGCGGACAGCCCAUGCGCUCCAAGCUCAUCUCCCUCCACCUUAUCCACACCCUCCUCAACAACAACAUUGCCGUCUUUACCUCCCCAUUGUGUACCAUUACGAACUCCAAGAGCAACGAGCCUACGACUUUCCUUCAAGCCAUCAAGUUCUAUCUGUGUCUUAGUAUAACCCGUAACGGAGCCAGCUCUGUCGACCGUGUCUUCAAUGUCUGCUGCGAGAUCUUCUGGCUGAUGCUCAAGUAUAUGAGAGAGUCGUUCAAGCUGGAAAUUGCCGUCUUCCUAAACGAGAUCUAUCUUGCCCUCCUUGCGAGGCGGACCGCCCCCAUCUCGCAAAAGGUCUACGUCGUCAACAUCCUGAACCGUUUCUGCGCAGAUUCCAAGGCGUUGGUAGAGACGUACCUGAACUACGAUUGCGAGCGUACCGUGGACAACAUCUUUCAGACCAUCAUCGAGGACUUGUCCAAAUUCUCCACCGCCCCCGUUAUCGUGACGCCGGUGCAAGAACAGCAGUACGAGGAAAAGGGAGCAAAACUCAAUUCGGGCGGCGACUGGCAGCUGAGGGCAAUAUUGCCCCCGCCCCUAUCCGUGGCGCACAUCACGCCACAGCCCGAGCCCGAGAACGACAUCCCCAAGGAGUACGUCAUGAAGCGCAUUGCUUUGGACGCCCUGGUGGAUUCGCUGCGGUCCAUGGUUGACUGGUCCGCCGCCGUACGGCAAGACGCAAACGGUGUUAGGCCCGACGUCGACACGAGAAACUCCGAGGACGUCCGGCCAUCUAUCGACCCAAGCAUGAGCGAUAACCCGUCCCGCUUCGAGACACCAGCACCCUCGACGCCUGUUUUGGAGGACGACCCCGCCUCUUUGGAGAAGGCGAAAGCCAGGAAGACGGCCAUGAACAACGCCAUCAAGCAAUUCAACUUCAAGCCCAAGAGAGGUAUCAAGCUAUUGCUGCAAGAUGGUUUCAUCCCCAGCGAGAGCCCGCAAGACAUUGCAAAGUUCUUGCUCUCCGAGGAGCGUCUGGACAAGGCACAGAUUGGUGAGUACCUGGGCGAGGGCGACCCCAAGAACAUCGAGAUCAUGCACGCCUUUGUCGACGCCAUGGAUUUUACGAAAAAGCGGUUCGUCGAUGCGCUGCGCACGUUUCUCCAGUCCUUCCGUCUUCCGGGAGAGGCGCAGAAGAUCGAUCGUUACAUGCUGAAGUUUGCCGAGCGCUAUGUCAUGGGUAACCCCAACGCGUUCGCCAACGCCGAUACGGCCUACGUUCUGGCCUACUCGGUCAUCAUGCUCAACACGGAUUUGCACAGCAGCAAGAUCGCCAAGCGGAUGAGUAAGGAGGAGUUCAUCAAGAACAACCGCGGAAUCAACGACAACGCCGAUUUGCCUGACGAGUACCUGCUGGCCAUAUACGACGAAAUCGCCAGCAACGAGAUCGUCCUCAAGAGCGAGCGAGAAGCUGCAGCGGCGGCAGGUGCCGUCCCGCCACCGUCAACCAGCAUCGCGGCUGGUUUGGGUCAGGCCUUGUCUAACAUGGGCCGUGAUCUCCAGCGCGAGGCCUACCUCCAGCAAUCCGAGGAGAUCGCUUUGCGCUCAGAGCAACUCUUCAAGACUCUGUACAAGAACCAGAGGCGAAACGCACAGCGAUCCGGCGUCAGGUUCGUCCCCGCCACGUCUUUCCAGCACAUCGGCCCCAUGUUCGACGUCACGUGGAUGUCGUACUUCUCCGCCUUGUCUAGUCAGAUGCAAAAGACGCAGAACCUCGACAUCAACAAGUUGUGUCUCGAGGGCAUGAAACUGGCAACAAAGAUCGCUUGUCUCUUUGAUCUAUCGACGGCCCGGGAAGCCUUCGUUUCUGCGUUGAAGAACACGACAAAUUUGAACAACCCGCAAGAAAUGUUGGCGAAGAACGUGGAAGCGCUCAAGGUCAUCCUUGAGCUUGGCCAGACAGAGGGCAAUGUUCUCAGAUCGUCAUGGAAGGACGUCCUCAUGUGCAUCAGCCAACUCGACCGGCUGCAGCUCAUCACGGGCGGCGUGGAUGAGAGCGUCGUACCCGACGUGUCCAAAGCGCGCUUCAUGCCUCCGCAGCGCGAGAACACAAACGACUCUAAAUCAUCGUCGCAGUCCAAGCGGAGAGGUGGUCGGCCGAGAUCCGGGACCGGGCCGCAGGGAUUCUCUAACGAGAUCGCCUUGGAAAGCCGGUCUGACGAAGUGAUCAAGGCUGUGGACAGGAUCUUCACCAACACAGGCAACCUUAAUGGAGAGGCCAUCGUGCACUUCGCCCGGGCUCUGACGGAAGUCAGCUGGGACGAGAUCAAGGUUUCCGGGUCCAACGACUCGCCACGGACGUACAGUCUGCAGAAGAUCGUCGAGAUCGCCUACUACAAUAUGACGCGUGUGCGUUUCGAGUGGAGCAACAUCUGGGAGGUUCUUGGAGACCACUUCAACCGAGUGGGCUGCCACAACAACAUUACGAUCGUCUUCUUCGCCCUGGACUCGCUGCGGCAGUUAUCGAUGCGGUUCAUGGAGUUUGAGGAGCUGGCCGGUUUCAAGUUCCAAAAGGACUUCCUGAAGCCAUUUGAGCACGUGCUUGCAAACUCGCAGAACAUUGCGGUCAAGGACAUGGUCUUGCGCUGCUUGAUCCAAAUGAUCCAGGCAAGAGGUGACAACAUUCGAUCAGGUUGGAGAACAAUGUUUGGCGUCUUUACGGUUGCCGCUCGUGAGACGAAUGAGAGCAUUGUCAACCUCGCCUUUGAGAACGUGACCCAGGUUUACAAGACCAAGUUUGGCGUAGUCAUCUCCCAGGGCGCAUUCACGGAUCUCAUUGUCUGCCUCACCGAGUUCUCCAAGAACAUGAAGUUCCAAAAAAAGAGCCUGCAAGCGCUCGAGAGCCUCAAGUCCAUCAUCCCGCGCAUGCUCAAGACACCGGAAUGCCCUCUCUCGCAGAAAGGACAGAAGGCGUCGGGAGAACACGCGGUCUCUGCCGCCGAUACACUGCAAAGAUCGCAAAACCGGACAUCGGUGGAGGAAGGAUACUGGUUCCCGGUCUUGUUUGCGUUCCACGACGUGCUGAUGACGGGCGAGGACCUCGAGGUGCGAUCCAAUGCGCUCGAAUACUUCUUCGAGGCCCUCCUGCGGUACGGCGGCGAGUUCCCACCCGACUUCUGGGAUAUCCUGUGGCGUCAGCAACUGUAUCCCAUCUUCAUGGUUCUGCGAUCAAGGCCCGACUUGAACAACGCGCUCAACCACGAGGAGCUGUCUGUUUGGUUGUCCACCACGAUGAUCCAAGCACUGCGCAACAUGAUUACCUUGUUCACGCACUACUUUGACUCGCUGGAGUACAUGCUGGACCGCUUCCUGGAGCUGUUGGCCCUUUGCAUCUGCCAGGAGAACGACACAAUCUCCAGAAUCGGCAGCAAUUGCCUGCAGCAGCUCAUCCUCAAAAACGUAACGAAGUUCACGCCAGAGCACUGGUCCAAGGUUGUGGGGGCGUUUUGUGAGCUGUUUGCACGCACGACGGCGCAUCAGCUCUUUUCCGCCACGACGAUCAACUCGACGGCCUCCAUCGACCUGCCGCCUAACGGACUGGAGUUCUCGGGUCCUCUCAGUCCCACCGAGACGCCCGCUGAGGAAGAGUCGCUGAAGCUCAACGGAUCGGAAAAGAAUGGCGAGAACGCGGAGACCAGCUCAACCGACGGGAACGUCGGCGCCUCCAACGAGGACGACCUGAAGACCCCGACAGCACCGGUCCCGCCGCAACCCCAUCCGCAGUCCCAGUCCCAAGCGCCCCUGGAGGAGUUCAAGCCAACAUCGAACCUGCAGCAGCAGCCUGUCGUCGUCACAGCCGCUCGGAGGCGUUACUUCAACCGCAUUAUCUCGCGUUGCGUGCUGCAGUUGCUCAUGAUCGAGACGGUCAACGAGCUGUUCAGCAACGACACGGUGUACAACCAGAUUCCGACGACGGAGCUCCUUCGACUGAUGGCGCUGCUCAAGAGGUCAUACCUCUUUGCCAGGAAGUUCAACGCGGACAAGGAGCUGCGCAUGCGGCUUUGGCGCGAGGGCUUCAUGAAGCAAGCGCCCAACCUGCUCAAGCAGGAGAGCGGGGCGGCCGCUACGUACGUCGCCAUCCUCUUCCGCAUGUACGCCGACGACAGCCACGAGCGCACGGCGGCGCGCGACGCCAUCGAGCAGGCGCUGGUGCCGCUGUGCAAGAGCAUUAUCAAGGACUUUGUAGCGCUCGAGGAGGACAGCCAGCACCGCAACAUUGUCGCGUGGCGGCCCGUGGUGGUGGACGUCCUUGAGGGGUACGCGGCGUUCCCCGUGGAGGCGUUUCGGAAGCACAUCAAGGAGUUUUAUAUCAUGGCCGUGGAGCUGCUCGGCAAGGACCUUACGUCGGAGCUCCGGGUGGCGCUCUUGCUGGUCCUCAAGCGUGUCGGCGAGGUCGGGCUCGGCAUCGAGGGCAUGACGAGGGUGGAGGUGGACCGGAGGGACAGCAUUCUCAGCAGCGCGACGGACAACACGGUAGACGGGGGUCACGAGGCUGACGCUUCGAGCAGGAUGCGGCGUUGA